AUGCCUAUGUCUUCUCAGUCAUCAGAUAUUUUAUCUCAUAUGAAGAUUAUAGCAAAUGUGCCGCCACCCUCACUUCGCAGUAUACCACGCUUGAAAGAUUCUAAAAACAUUGAUUAUGGUCAGUUAAAUGAAUUAUGCCACAUGAGGGGACUAGAAUACACGAGUUUUCAUGUUAUUCUAUCAGCUCAUGAAAACUUUAUUAAUCAAUAUCCCAAGAUAUUUGUGAAGAAACAAACAAAACUUCCUGCACUUCAUGGAAAAGAAGAAAUAAGAAAACCCAAAGGAAAAGAAAUUGAACCCCCCAAAUCUGAAGAAACCCAUAAUAUAGCAGUCUAUCUUAAAAAAUUGCAUGGUGAUCAUAAUUUAUACAGACCAGCUGAUUUGGAAGAGAAGAUAGGAAUUUUACUGACGAUCUUAAAGAAAUCGCCUAUUAGGAGAACAAAGCAUGAACACAAUAUUGUGUGGAAGAUGCUGAAAACAAUUCCAGAUUUAACUGAAAAGAUACAUUCUGAACAUUUGAGGUGCCUCUGUAUGAAUAUUUUUUCUGAAACCUGGAUAAAAGGCAGCACAGUAUCUGGAAAUGAUGGUUUUUAUGUUAUACUGAAAGGCCUGGCUCGACCCCAAGCAGAUCCAUACAAAAAUUUGAUGGAAGACAUUAAGUCAGCAACCUCUUUUACAUCUUCAAAUUGCUACAGCUUUAUUUACAACGAAGACUUCAAACAUACUUCAAUUACUGACUCUUUUAUACCUACAAGUGAGCCAAAGCUUGCACAAUGGAGUACCUUUGGAACUCUUGAAACUACGCCUGAAGCUCAAUCAGACACAAAAACGUAUGCAGUGAUCACAGAAGAAGACUGUGAAAUAAUUAAAAUCCCUGCACAAAAUUAUGCAAAUUUAAAAUUGGAAAUAACAAAACAUGAAACUAAUAAAAAGGAAAAACUAAUUAGGAAGUGUCCAUAUUACAUGGAAUUGCCUGCUGCCACCAUAAGCAAGUUAGCGGCAUUCAUUAAGUGGAAAAAGUUUCCCCCGGGUCACGUGAUAGUUGAAAGUGGAAGUAUAAUUAAUUUUGUAGCCUUUAUUAACUCUGGAUAUUGUGAAAUUUAUAGAAAUAUUAUAGGACUUGUGAAACUACAUUCAAAAAUGAAAAAAGUUCAAAAACUUGUUUAUAUGGAGACACUUAAUGAGAAAGAAUCCUUUGGUGAAAUUAGUGUUCUACUUCAAGUUCCUUUCCUGUGUACACUCAUUGCUGGAAGUGAAGUUGAGCUUGCAAUCAUUGAAGAUAAGCACAUCCUUGGUGUCAUGCGGCUCCUGAUUCAGCUCACUGAUUUUGUCCUACACCUUUGUUAUUCUGUUGGUGAGGUCUGCAGGUCAUUUUUCAUUUAG